UUCGAAAAGAGCGCGCCAACAUUGACGUCUCGCCAUUGUUUUGGCUUUGUGCGACUGAAGACUGCAACUCGAAAUCUCUAGUUUUUCUUCCAAUUCCACACAAAAGAAAAUGCCGUCGACACUGGAUUUGUGCGAGCAGUAUUACGGAACCCGAGAUGUGUAUAAAUUGUUGGAUAUUGACAAAAAUACUCUUGAGAAAGACGUAAAGAAGGCCUACUACAAAUUGUCCCUGAAGGUGCAUCCUGACCGUGUGCCAGAGGAGGAGAAAGCCGAAGCCACGGAGAAGUUUAAGAUUCUCGGGAAGAUACAUGCCGUGUUGUCGGAUCCAGACAGAAAGAAAUUGUACGAAGAAAAGGGUAUAAUCGACGAUGAUGAGGAUGAAACGAAAUUGGCCACAUGGAUUGAAAUGUGGAAGACAAUCUUUAAGCCAAUUUCCGAUGAGGACAUUGACAAUUACCAGAAGAAUUAUGUGGGAUCGGAUCUGGAGAAGAGUGACAUCAAGAAGGCAUAUCUCGGCGGAAAGGGCUGCAUCAAUUACAUGAUGAGUGCUGUACCCUUUAUGGCCGUGGAAGAUGAGCCUAGGAUUAUCGAGUUGGUUAAGGAGUGGAUUGAAGCUGGUGAAGUGCCGGAAUUCAAGAUUUUCACCGAAGAGCCCAAAGCGAAGCGCAAUCGGCGACACAAGAAAUAUGCCAGGGAAUCUCUAGAAGCGGAAGAGAUCAAAGCUAAGUUGGCCAAGGAGGGAAAUUCUCUGGAGAAGCAAAUAAUGAAGCGACAGAAUGAGCGAGCUCAGCAGUAUGACAAUUUCUUUGAUGAUCUCCUGAAGAAGUACGGCGAGGACAAGCCCAAGAAUAAGAAAAAAGGCGAGAAAAAGGGUCAGCAGAAGGAAUCAAAGGAACCCAUGAAGAAGGUGCGAAGUGGCAGGGUGAGCAAGAGGAAGUGAUGAUGGUCUGUGAGGCAUAUUUUGUAUAAUUUAUAAAAUAAUCCUGUUCUGAAUAAAGAAAAUUUUUCGGAUUGAAA